CCGUGACCGCUGUUUAUGUUCCGUAAAGAACAGCACGCCCCAGCUGCCAGCUGCGGGGGGUGUGUGUCACUCCCUCUGGGCCAUGAGUGCUGUCCUCCAGGUAAAGCUCACCCAGAACCCUCUCGGCCCUGCCCAAGUGCUCCAGAAGCCACCACCGACAGGCCCCUGAAGCCCAGCAGGGACUCGGUCUGGGACCCAAGCUUCGCAGGAGAGGAGCCCAGGAUGGAGAGAGGGGCAGAGCCAUGCAGUUGGGGACUGGAGGCGUCUAGACCCGGGUCACCUGACUGCCACCCAGAUCCUGCCCCAGAAAUGGCUGGGACUUCCAGGCCUGGGAUUCGCCGCUCGGUCCUGGUUCGGAACCCCGGCCACAGAAGCCUGAGGCCGGUUUGCAGAGAGCUUGACUCUGACUCAGAAGACAUGGACCCCCACCUGGAAGAUCCAGAGCCGCUUUCCGAAGACCCGGAGCCUGACCCAGAAGACCUCAACACUGUCUCAGAAGACGUGGACCCCAACUAUGAAGAUCUGGAACCCGUCUCUGAGGAUCUGGACCCUGAUGCCCAAACUCAGAGCUCCAUCUUGGGGAACCCUGACUCGGAUCCCCAAGAUCUCGACCCCAUGUCUUCACGUCUCGACCUCGAUCCGGACCCGGAUGUCAUCGGUCCUGUACCGCUAGUCCUCGACCCUAACAGCGACACCCUCAGCCCCGCCGCUCCAGACACGCACCCCCUUUCCCGUACCAGUGCGCCGCCUGUGGCAAAGCCUUCGGGUGGCGCUCCACGCUGCUCAAGCACCGGAGCAGCCACAGCGGCGAGAAGCCGCACCACUGCCCGGUGUGCGGCAAGGCCUUCGGGCACGGCUCGCUGCUGGCGCAGCACCUGCGCACACACGGCGGCCCGCGGCCCCACAAGUGCCCGGUGUGCGCCAAGGGCUUCGGGCAGGGCUCGGCGCUGCUGAAGCAUCUGCGCACGCACACGGGCGAGCGGCCCUACCCGUGCCCGCAGUGCGGCAAGGCCUUCGGCCAGAGCUCGGCGCUGCUGCAGCACCAGCGCACGCACACCGCCGAGCGCCCCUACCGCUGUCCGCACUGCGGCAAGGCCUUUGGCCAGAGCUCCAACCUGCAGCACCACCUCCGCAUCCACACCGGCGAGCGGCCCUACGCCUGCCCGCACUGUUCCAAGGCCUUCGGCCAGAGCUCCGCGCUGCUGCAGCACCUGCACGUGCAUUCCGGCGAGCGUCCUUACCGCUGUCAGCUCUGCGGCAAGGCCUUCGGCCAAGCCUCCAGCCUCACCAAACACAAGCGGGUGCACGAGGGGGCCGUUGCUGCUCCCCCCGCCACUGCCGCUGCCGCUGGCCUGAGCCUCGGGCCAGGCCUGGGCCCUGCCUCCAUGAAAAGGCCAGGGCAGGGCUCCCUCCUGAGCCCCGAGGCUGUCUCUGUCCUCAGCUCUAGCCGGAGCCUCAGCCCUGGCCCCAGCAUUGGCGACAGCCCUGACCCUGGCUUGGUGCUGGGAUCUGCCGCCAGCCCUGAUCCUGCCGAAUCUUCUGACCCCAAGCCUGGUCACGAUGUCUGUCCUGACCUUGUGCCCAGCCCUGACCCCAUCCCUGAGUCCCUCCCUGACCCCUGCUCCCCUGCCCGUGACACUGUCAGCCCAGCCCUCCCUACUGGUGAGAGUCCCGCAUGGGCACAGGAGCGAGGGGCACUGCUGGGGCCCGAUGGCUGAAGGAGACCGGGCAUCCAUGGGGUCUGGCGAAGUUGUGUGUUGUGUGGUUAGUAAACUCCUCCCACUGCCUCUGC